ACGCACAUGUCCCAGCAGGGGACAGCUGGGGCGAUCACGUGACGCGAGGCGGGGCGAGGCCGGCAGGCGGAGGCGGCAGGCUUGGGCUCUCCCGGAGCUGGGUGCCGGGGCUGGGUGCCAGGGCGCCCCUCGCGCCCAGGUGUCGCGCCAGCAGAGCACUGAUCAGCUCUGGCUUAUGUGGUACUGGUGGAACCUGGGACCUUUGGUGCUUCAUUUAUGAAAGGCGUUUUGCAUAACCACCGGCAGACAUGCUGUCUCCCGCCCUGUGAAUGUUUUGAAUGUUUGCUCCAGCUGCCUUGGGGAGGCCUUCACCUCUGAGUACACACACCUGGCUGGCCCUCAGCCAGCAAGGGCUGUUGGGGAGGGCUGGGGGUGUCAGCCAACUUCCAGUGUCCAAGGUCUUCCUCUGUCAUCCUGCUUCAGGACCUGAAACCAGCCCCCACCCCCACCCCAGAGCCUUUUACUCUGGCCCGCGUGUGCGCCCCACCUCACCUACUGUCAUGGCCCCCGUCUGCAUCAAUGAGCUGCCCGAGAACAUCUUGCUGGAGAUCUUCACGCACGUGCCGGCCCGCCAGCUGCAGCUCAGCUGUCGCCUGGUCUGCGGCCUCUGGCACCACCUCAUAGACACGGCCACCCUCUGGAAACGCAAGAGCCUGCUGGCGGGCUUCAUCACGGAGCACUCUGACCAGCAUGUGGAUGACUGGAAGAUCUUCUUCUUCCUCUGCAGCCUCCGCAGGAACCUGCUACGGAACCCAUGUGGCGAAGAGAACAUGACCCACUGGAAGCUGGACUUCAACGGGGGGCACAGAUGGAAGGUGGAGACCAUCCCAGGAGACCACGGGACAGAUUUUCCAGACUCCAAAGUCAAGAAGUACUUUGUCACAUCCUAUGACUUGUGCCUCAAGUCCCAGCUUGUGGACCUCAAAGAGCAGGGCUACUGGGAGGAGCUGCUCGACACGUACCGGCCCGACAUCACGGUCAAGGACUGGUUUGCUGCCAGAGCAGACUGUGGCUGCACCUACAACCUCCAGGUUCAUCUGACCACCAGUGACUACAUCUCCUUGGCCUCCUUCGAGCCCCCGGCUGUGACCAUCCCUCAAUGGAGCGAUGCCAGGUGGAGAGAGGUCUCCUACACCUUUUCUGAUUACCCUCCGGGUGUCCGCCACAUCCUCUUCAGACAUGGGGGAAAGGACACCCAGUUCUGGGCAGGCUGGUAUGGCCCUCGGGUCACCAACAGCAGCAUUGUCAUCAACCCCAGGACACCCAGGGACCCGGCCCCUCCCACGGCAGAGCCUGAAACCACCUAGAACCUGUCCGCCUGCCCUCCCCACCUCACCUCCACAGGAUGCACGCCCUGACUGUCAGUCACCCAGCAGCUAUAUACCUUUGGCCUGGGCUGGCCCCAAGACCCCUCUGCAUAAGAGCUGAGUUGGGGGGCAGGGUGGGAGAGGGCAGUGAGGCCCCCUGCUCCAGCAGCCCCUGCCCUUAGGGAGGAGACCCACCACUCUGGUGUCUUUCUACCACAAAGCGUAAACAUUUUGUCAUAAUAAAUGUUUGUAGUAAGAGUA